GAAAGUCCCGGAAGAGGCUCCUCGUGCAGAACAGAGCGAGGUGCAGGUGAGCGCUCACGCACCAUGUACCUGUAAACAAAGAGAAACAACAUGGAAACAACAUCCAGGAUACAGUUUAAUAGAAACCGGGAUCAAACACGACUUCGUAGCAGGCUGCAGAUCGGUGUGUGAUCCAACAUCCUGAUACACGCAGUAACCAAACACACGGCACAGAGCUUACCCAUGAGAUAAGUUAACCAUCAGAGGGAGCACCCGGAAGGACUGAACAGUCGUCGUCCUCCACGAUGGCGAACCAGGACGCCGACAACCCUUCACACACCUCGUUUGAGAACUUCGUCCUAGCCCAGACUUGUAAGGAUGUGAAGCAUCACUUCGCUGUGCUCUGCAAGCAGCUGAAUCUCAACCCUAAGGAGUUCGGGAGUUUCUACAUCAGGUUAAAAGAAAAGCUAAACUACUGGAAGGCCAAAGCCCUGUGGAAGAGGCUGGACCAAAGAGCCGCUCACACGGAUUACCAGCAAGGACAAGUCUGCACCAAAAACAAGUGUCUGGUGCUGGGGGCGGGGCCAUGUGGGCUGCGGACGGCCAUCGAGCUGGCGCUGCUGGGGGCUCAGGUGCUGGUGCUGGAGAAGAGAGAGUCUUUCUCCAGGAACAAUGUCCUCCACCUGUGGCCCUACACCAUCUGCGACCUGCGCAGUCUCGGAGCCAAGAAGUUCUACGGGAGAUUCUGCACGGGGUCUCUGGAUCACAUCAGCAUCCGUCAGCUGCAGUUGAUCCUGCUGAAGGUGUCCCUUCUCCUCGGGGUGGAGGUGCACACAGGAGUGGAGUUUCAGGGCUUGAUUGAGCCCUCAGGAGAAAACGGUUGGAUGGCCAAGCUGCAGCCUGCUUCUCACCCGGCUUCUACUUUCGAGUUUGACGUCUUUAUCUCGGCUGGAGGAGGCAGGUUCGUCCCUGAUGGUUUCAGGCAUAAGGAGCUGAGAGGCAAGCUGGCUAUCGGCAUCACAACCAACUUCAUCAACAGACACACGGCUGAGGAGGCUCAAGUAGCAGAGAUCAGCGGUGUGGCUCGCAUUUACAACCAGAAGUUCUUCCAGGAGCUGCACACUGAGAUGGGUAUUGAUCUGGAGAAUAUUGUCUACUACAAAGACGCCACCCACUACUUCGUCAUGACUGCCAAGAAGCAAAGCUUGCUGAAGAAGGGAGUCAUUAAACAGGACUUCAGCGACGCAGAGGAGCUGCUGGCUCCUGCAAACGUGGAUGAAGAGGCUUUGCGCUGCUAUGCAUAUGAUGCCGCCUCGUUCUCCACAGGGGGUAAACUGCCUGACCUCCAGUUUGCUCCAAACCAUGCGGGAAAGCCAGACGUGGCCAUGUUCGACUUCACCUGCAUGCAGCGUGCUGAGAAUGCCUCUCAGGUCAGAGAGAAGAGGGGGAAGAAGCUGCUGAUGGCUCUUGUUGGAGAUUGCCUGGUGGAGCCUUUCUGGCCUCUGGGCACAGGCAUCGCUCGGGGGUUUCUAGCUUCCUUUGACACAGCGUGGAUGGUGAGGAGCUGGGGCCUCGGGACCCCCCAUCUCAAGGUCCUGGCUGAGCGAGAAAGUAUCUACCAGGUCCUGUCUCAAACCACCCCAGAAAACUGCAGGAAAAACUACGUCAGUUACAGCAUCGACCCCAAAACUCGGUACUUGAGAGUCAACCUCUCCUCCAUCCAGGCCCACCAGGUGCAGCACCUAUAUAUCGUUGAUAAAUCCAAUCCAGGGAGCAAGAAACCGAAGAAUAGGUUUUCUUACCUGCGUCAAGAUUCUGCCAGUGGUUUUGAGGAGUUGUUGAAAUGGUGCCAGAAAAACACAGCGGGUUAUAAGAAUGUGGCUGUAAAAGAUUUCACACAAUCCUGGAGGUCCGGGAUGGCUCUGUGCGCUCUGAUCCACCACUUCGGACCCCAGCUCAUUGACAUGUCCGCCCUGGAUGAGUCCAGCGCUGUUCACAACAACCAACUGGCCUUCAGCAUUUUGGAGAAGGAGCUGGGCAUCCCUCCUGUCAUGGCUGCCAGCGACUUGGCCAACAGUGGUCAGAUAGACAAGUUGUCCAUGGUCCUCUAUCUCACCCAGGUCCAAAAGGCCUUCACUGUGCCUGCAAAAGACCCUGCAGCCUUCCCCUCGCCGGCCAAGCCUCUGAGUCUCUCCACGACACAGUCCGCUGUCUUCUUCCUGAACAAGCUGAAGCACAACUCUCUGCAAAGACGCAAGGAAAAGCUGGCAUCUUUGAAGAAAGAAAGAGAGACCACAAUGGAAGAGGAGGACAGUAUGGUGGUGCUGCCGGUGUCCCCUGAGCGCAGUCCUUCACCUAUCCCUACUCUUGAGCCUGGGCCUAAUGCUUGUGUGUCGUUGACAAACAGUGAUGAGUGUUACUUCUGUGGACAGAGGGUCUACGUGCUGGAGAGGGUCAGCGCUGAGGGAAAGUUCUUCCAUCGAAGCUGCUUCACCUGCCAUCGCUGCAGCAUCACACUCAGACUGGGAGGAUACACCUUUGAUCAGACUACAGGGAGGUUUUACUGUGAGCUGCACUCUGAAGAACUGGAGCUGCAAAACGGGGCAGAAACAUCUUGUAAGGAUAGUGAAAGGAAUCACAAAACAACCAAUGAAGACAACAGGCUCUCCAGUGAUGAUUAUACGCCCUCUCCAUCAGAUGAGGAGUACGAGCACACUCUGGACUGUGGUCCUUCUCCUCACUCAACAACUCCCACUGAGCCUCCAUCUAUAACAGAGGCGGCAGCAGCAGCAGCUCCCACUGAGGAGGAGACGGUGCCACAUCCCGUCCCUAAGCCUCGCAAAUCCCAGCUCCCACCCAGCCCUCAGCCCUCUCCUCCCGUAGCGAAACCUCGCUCCGUCCACAUCUUCAACCCCUCGACUCCAGAAAGACAAUCGUCUCCGACUCCUACAGAAGAGAUCUCAAAGGACGCGCCAGACUCUCGCCCGAAGCAACGAAAGCUUAAGAUCAGCGAUGAGGAGAAAAGCCAGCUGGUGAACCUCCAGAGCCUCAGCGUGGACUCGGACUCAGAGACCCCCGGUGGAUCUUCAUCCUGCUCCUCGUCCUCGGCUACAGCAGGAGGAACGAGCCCUCCCAAACCAGAGGACGGGCAGGAAGAGGAGGGCUACUGGAGCGGGAACCCCGCCAGUCACAUGCGAGAGAAGAGGCACCGCCGCUGCUUCAGGAGGAAAGAGAUGCCGGGCGGACAGGCGAGGGUCCGGUCCAAGUUCUCCCCGUGGAACCUGUCGUCCCCGAGGAUCAGCAGAGACCCCCGGCUCAGCGUCCUCGUCAAUCAUCCGGGGAGAGUCGAAACAACAUUCAUACACAGCACUAACGAGGGAUACGAUGACGAUGAUGACGACGACGACGACGACGAUGAUAUAUUAGAUCGAGAUGAUGUCGACUUAUUUGAAGAGAAGUUUCAGACGCUGCCAGCUGACCCUGUUCAGGCCGAGAAGAUGGAGUUGAUGAUGAUGAGGACACUUGAGCGGAGAGCAAAGACCAGUGAAUUACAGCGAUUACGCAAAGCUCAGUCCAUCCAGAGGAGACUGGAGGAGAUCGAGGUGACCUUCAAGGAGUUGGAGGAUAAAGGUGUCGUUCUGGAGCAAACUCUGCGCCGAGAGGCUGGCAGCAACGGCUCUCCUGACAUGAUCGAGCAUUGGAUCCAACUCGUCCACGAGAAGAACUCGUUGGUGACUGAAGAGUCUGACCUCAUGGUGGCGUCCCGGCAGCUGGAGCUGGAGGACAAGCAGAGCACGUUGGAGCUGGAGCUCAGGAAGUACAUGGAGAUGAAUGACAAGACGCCCGAGCAGCAGUCGGAGGAGGAGCGGGUCCUCCAACAGAUGCUGGAUGUGGUGGACAUGAGGGACUCGCUGGUGUCCUUCCUGGAGGAGAAGAGGCUGACGGAGAUCGGAGAGGAGCAGGAGGCCUUCUCCAUCAUGGAGGCCAAACGCCACUCCAAGGCAGGAGCUCAGGUCUACUGGGCGUAAGGCAAACUCGGCAUGAACCUCUUUGUGCCCUGCAGUAGAUGACCUCACAUCUACUGUAUGUGCUGCUUCGUGACUUUUCAAAGCCAAAGAUGAUUGUUGCGGUGGCAAGUGGCGCCUCUUUGUACGACUAGGAUGAAAAAGGUGAGGCUUAUGGGGCAGAGGAGUGAAGGGCAAAGCGGCCCCUAGAGGGAGACAUACGCCUGGGGAUCUGAGGCUCUGAGAUGACGCAUCACACCUCUGUGGCUCAGCCCUACCUGAUGUGUUAGUGGGGUCACAGCAGCAGCAGAAAAAGAAAAUGGACCGCUCAUCUUCUGCUGCAUCCAUCACACAGAAAGUGAUCCAAACAGAACCUGGGAUCAGUUUGGUGUUGGUGCCAGAAACAUGUGGAAAGCCAGGACUAAGCAGCAUCACAAAACCACAUUGGGGAUCCAGGUAAUGGAGCCUUAGAUAAAGACCUUUAACAAAAGCACAGGAUGGAUGGAGUUUUUAAAAAUACUUUGAUGAAUAAGUGCUACUGUUCACAAUGACAUCAUCUACGUUUAACUGUUUGUAUACUGAAUAAAUUAUAUAUGAAGAUGGAGACAAAAAAAAGAGCUAGUUUAAAAUAUUAGAAGUAAUAAAUUCAUGAUUUCAUUUUAUCAUCCAGAGUUUUGUUGCCACUACCUGCUGUUCAACAUGUCCUUUUCCCGAUUGCACGUUGGAUUUUAAUCUCAGGGGUCGACGCUUCAGUCCUCUUGGGUCAGAGUUUGGUUUUCACCGGCGGCUGCUCUCAAACUGGUGGUUUAUUAUACAAACAUGGGGGGUUUUAAGGCGAAUGAGAAACAGACUGAACAGCUGCUUCAUGUAUUUAUAAACGCUAUACCUUUUAUCAUUUUGUAGGUGUUUCUAUUCACGUGCUGGCAGAAUAGCUGAGAUCCAGACAAAGGCUGUUUUGUUGUUUGUGAAAAGAGCCGUAUACGUUCAUCGUUCUGCCGCCACCUGGACGGCCCUUCACAUUAUAUCAAAUAAAGAUCAUGCACUUUGA